AUGAUCAUGGGCAUGGUGGUGGUGAUGAUCAUGGGCAUGGUGGCGGUGAUGAUCAUGGGCAUGGUGGUGGUGAUGAUCAUGGGCAUGGUGGCGGUGAUGAUCAUGGGCAUGGUGGCAGUGAUGAUCAUGGGCAUGGUGGUGGUGAUGAUCAUGGGCAUGGUGGUGGUGAUGAUCAUGGUAAUGACGAUGGAGAUGGUGUUGCGCGAGGCGUUCACAGAGCUCCUGGCCGAUGACGGACUGCUGGUCAUGGGCGCUGGUCUGGGCAUGGAUGACAUCAUCCGGGCCUUCCUCGAGCUGUACUCGGAGCGUGGCACACUGGUCCUGGUCAUCGGUGCGCUAGGUGAUGAUGCGGAGCGGCUGACAGAGCCGCUGAUUGGCCGGCUGUCGGGGGCAAAGGCUGCUGCUGCCUCCAUGAUCAUCCUCCCGCGGAGCAUGGACGCCAACAUGCCCGCCGCCGCCCGGGUGGCUGAGUACCUCCGUGGCGGCGUGUGCUUUGUCACCGGUCGUGUCCUGGUGGUCGACAUGCUCAAUGGAGUUGUUCCGCUAGAUCUGGUCUCGGGCAUCCUCGUUCUCCACGCGCAUCGCAUCGUCAAGACCCCGAUGGAGGCCUUUGCCCUGCAGCUCUUCCGUGCGGCCAACAAGGUUGGCUUCAUCCGGGCCUUCUCGUCGAUGCCAGGCUCGCUUGCCGCUGGCCUCAACAAGGUGGAGAAGGCCAUGAAGCUGCUGUAUGUCAAACAGCUCUUCCUCUGGCCGCGGUUCCGGCUCCUGGUCAAAGACGCCCUUGAGGAGGAUCCUCCGCAGGUCAUCGAGCUGCGGCAGCCGCUCUCGGCCGGCAUGGCCGACGUGCUCGAUGCGGUGCUGGCGGUGGUCCAAGCCCUCCUCGACGAGCUCAAGCGCGAGAACGCGCUCGACGCCACCGAGCUCACGCUCGAGUCGGCGCUGCUCGGCUCGUUCGACUCGGUCAUCCGGCGACAGCUCGAUCCGGUCUGGCACUCGACGUCGGAGAAGACGCGGGCCAUGGUGGCCGACUUGCGGACGCUGCGGAACCUGCUCGAGGUGCUCAACGUGUACGACUGUGUCUCUUUUGCCCGCUACGUCUCCUCGCUCCGCGCCUCGGAUGGCUACCUCGGCCAGCCGGCCAUCUGGCUCUUCCUCGAGGCUGCGGACAAGCUCUUCACCGCCGCGCGUCGGCGAGUGUACUCCAAGCUUCCACCGCCCAAGGACGCGCCGUCACCGGCGCCGCGCAUUGUGCCGGUCCUGGAGCCGAACCCCAAGUGGGGCCUCCUCACCUCGCUCCUCGACGAGAUCGCCGAGCUCGUUGCCGACGCCGCCGGCGCUGGCCUGGUCGGCGACCUCGGUUCCGGCGACCUCUCAUGGUCGUGUCUCGUCUUUGUCCGCGACACUCGUGUCGCCUGCCAGCUCGGCGAGGUCAUCCGCGAUGGGCCCGAGGCCAUGCUCACCCGCAAGUACGCACAGUUUAUGGAUGAGAUGGAGAGCGGCGGCGCGCCGGCGGUGGCGUCGGGUGCGGCCUUGCGCGGCGGCUUUGGCAUCCGCGCCAACACCUUUGCCGGUGGCAACGCCGCAGACUACAUCCGCUCUAAUCAGCUCCGCAAGGUCGCCGUGGCCAAGCGGACGCGGUCGGCCGCGACGCUGGCAGCCAAGGCCGGAAAAGUUGCCGCGGCAGCGGCGGCAGCCGGCACGUCCAGCCGCAAGGCCAAGCCCGCGGCGGCCUCCAAGGGCACCAAGCCCGGCUUGGCGCUGUUUGUGCCCGAAGGCGGCGGUGAGGAACGCAGCGCAGAUGCGCGUCUCGAGCUCGAGCUCGCCGAUGAGAAGCUCCGGCCGCAGCCGGAGGAUGCGCUGGAGGACCUCCAUCACGCUGAGUUUGAGGCGCAUUUUGGCCUUGAAGAGUCGCCACUGGUUCUCAUCCGCGAGAUGGACUCUCCGCUCCGCGUGCUGCGCGAGACCCAGCCGACGUUUGUCGUGCUGUACGACUAUGACAUUGCGGCCGUGCGCGCGCUCGAGGUGUACAAAGCCGAACGGCCGCAGCUCCCGCUGCGGGUCUACAUCCUGUUCUACGAGAACUCUGUGGAGAAGCAGACAUACCUGUCAUCACUCAAGCGCGAGCGGGCAGCGUUUGAAAAGCUCAUCCGGACCAAGGCCAUCAUGGUGGUGCCCGAUGACCAGGAUGGGAAGACCGUGCGCGAGGGCGAGUCGCGGGCGCAGGCGGCGGCAUCGGCAUCGCUGGCGCGAUCAUCGCGCCGGUCGUCGAUCUUGCCCAAGUCGCUCGCGCAGAUGCGGGCGAGCGAAGCGCGGGCCGGCGGGCAAAUUGUAGUCGACCUGCGCGAGUUCCGGUCUGCGCUCCCGUGGCUGGUCUACCAGGCCGGGAUGCGGGUGGUGCCGGCGACGCUCGAGGUCGGCGACUUUGUGCUCUCGCCGGACGUGGCUGUGGAGCGCAAGUCGAUUCCGGACCUGUACUCGUCGUUCAAGUCUGGGCGGCUUUACACGCAGGCGCAGGCCAUGUCGCGGUUCUACGCGCACCCUGUGCUCCUCAUCGAGUUUACCGACGAUCGCGUGUUCUCGCUCCAGGCGCGGACGGACAUUCCACACGACAUCCACGUCUCCAACAUCAUCUCCAAGCUCGCGCUCCUCAUUCUGCACUUUCCGCGGCUCCGCAUCGCGUGGGCGCGCAAUCCACACCACUCGGCAGCCAUGUUUGCGGCGAUCAAGCGGCACCGGACUGAGCCCGACGCGGCGAUUGCCACGGCGGUGGGCACCGACCCGAGCGCGCUGAGCGCCGAGGCCGAGGCUGCCGCGUACGACCACGAGGCGCGAACGAUUCUGGAAAAGCUGCCCGGAAUCACGCAGCACAACAUCCAGCACGUGAUGAGCUCUGUUGAGUCGCUAGCAGAGCUCGCGCGCAAGAGCCGCACCGAGCUCGAGGCGCUGAUGGGCAAGGCCAAUGGCGACAAGCUGUACAAGUUUAUGCACACGGUGGCCCAGCCCGAGGCGGCGAGCCUUGAGCCCAACGCACGGGUGACGGCGGCGGCGCGACGGCGGACGCGAAAGCGGCGGAUCUCGGCCAAGGCCGCUUCUUGGGCUGGCAAGCCGGCCAAGUCGGCCAAGCGUGGGUGAGAGUGUCAUGCGUUGUCGGGUGCGCGCUGGAGCGCCUCACCAAAGAUGAGAUAGCACUUGUCCAUGGCAAAUCCGCCGGCAAGCAUAGGCAUGUUCGGAGUGAGGAGCGCGAGUGAGUUGCGGAGCUUGCGCGAGUUGUCCGACGCCGAGGCGGGUGCGGAUGCAGAAGCGCUGGCGGUGGUGGCGGUGGCGGUAGAGUCGGGCGCAGGCUGGCGGGCGUCGGCGUCGGUAUCUUGGUCCGAGCCUGUCGACGAGACCACAAGCUGGCGGACCAUGCGGUCGGCCGGCGAGGGUGCAGCGUCAAGUGAAG